CAACCUCUCCAACUAGCAAAGCCGCCAACACCAAGUCACCAACGCCAACGCCAAGGCCCAUUUCCCACCAACCCAACCCCUCCUCAUCUCGCAUCGCAAGCCGCCGCCGCGGAUGGAAGGCCUCAUCCCGCUUCUCUACAAGGCCAUCAAGGAUCGCCGGGGCGGCCGCCCCGACGGCGGCGCCGCCGCCGGCGUGGACCUCUACGACCCGGAGCAGCGCCGGCUGUGGCUGGAGCAGGAGGUGCGGUCCCCGCUCCACCCAUCGGCCGCGGCGGCGGGGGGCCAGCACCAGCAGCAGCAGCAGCCGCACCGGCGGAACCUGUCGCUGGAGGAGCUGGCCGGCGAGGUGGGGCUCUCCCCUGGCCGGCGGCUGCCGCGGGUAGCGCUCCCCAAGGCCCGCAGCGUCCGCGUCUUCUCCUGCAUCGGCGCCGGCGCCGGAGUGGCCGCGUGAGUUUGCGUUCCACUUCCAAUCAUGUCAAAUCGCGGCGAAACCUGUGAAUACAUACACCUGACCUGGUGGCCGCCAUGAUCAUCAGUUCAUCGCUGGAGCUGGAGAUUGUGGCGAAGAUUGAUUAGUUGAACCGGUUCGGAUUUCGUGUUUUUAAUUAGUUCUCUCUCCCUCUUUUUUUUUCUUUGUUUGGAUCUGGUAGAAAUGAUUCGUAUGUGGUGGUGUUAGUAGUAGUGAUUGAUGAGUAGUAAGGUGUUUCUACUGUAAUUACUUGUUGUUGUUAUACACGGCAGAUUUUGAACUUUGUUCUGCCUCUCGCUUUGAUCUCUGGUAAGCUGUAAGCCCGUCAACGUUUUUAAGAUAUGUAGCAAGAUUCAUGAAGUACAAUGGUUUUGAAAGGGAUUAAUUUUGCACCGAUAAGGUGCUUUGA